AUGGAAAAUAAUCACACUAAACAAUUAACAAUGCUUGAAAAUGUGAUUGGUGAAGAUAAUAAUGCCAACUUAAGUGAAAAUAUCGUUAUAGAAAAUAAUAAUGAUAAUUCAGAUGAUUUUAUGAAUAUUGCAAGUUUUUUAGAUUUAAAUAACUGUUCAAUGUCAAUAUCAGGUUUAGAAGGGUAUGAAUAUCCAAUAGAUCAAAUACAGCCAUUAUUUGAUUUGUUGAAAAAAUGGGAUUUGGAGUGUCUAUCUAAAACCUUAAUUGAUGAAAUGGUUGACAUGAAAAUAUUAGCAAUUAUGAAACGGGACCUUGCUAUUAAAAUGUUAAAAACAUAUCCAACUGGUAUCAAAGUUCUUUUUACUCACCACCUUGAAAAUUGGCAGAAGUCUCUUGAUCAGCAAGAUGUUCUUUGUUUUUCACAAACAACUAAUCAUAAUGAAACAACAACUAAUAUAUCAACUUUAAAGCCCCAUCAACCAUUAAAAUUAUCUUCUACAUCUGUAACUUUUAAUUUGGGAGAAAUAUUAAAUGCAUCUUUGACUGGAAAGAUGAUAAUUGAUUAUUUUAAAGUUAACAGCAGAUUAAAUAACAACAUACGUGUGUUGUUAGUUGAUUCAAUUAUCAGUUUUGUAAUAACUAAAAAAAUACCGAUGUCUAUAAAUCUUGCUGACAGCAUUGCGACUUAUAUUGUUGCUAUGUUCCCUUCUGAAGUGAAAGAUACAUAUUUUAUGAAGGAUGGACAUAACAAAAAUCCCAAAGGGAAGCUUUAUGCCAAAUAUUAUAACUCAAUGAGAACACUUAAGACAAGUGGACUAGUACCUAGUAAGGAACGAGUAAAAACUGCAGUCGAAAUACAUACUCAACGUCGACAUGAUAUAGAAUUUGAACCUGAAGACGACAUUCAUUAUAUGAUUGAUCAAAUACAGAAUGAUGCUAAUUGUUCAUUCCCAGAGCUUGAAAAAUUAUGGAAAGGUACAACAAAAUAUCGUAUAAACAGUAUUCAGAAUUCUUCUUCUACUACAGAAAUUAUGAACAAAUGGAAAAACUAUGCCUUACCACUUGGAUACAGAUUAAUUGAUAUUGACUUUAAUACUCUGUAUCCAAAAUGUUCAAAUUCUGUUUCUCAGUUUGAGGUAAAAUUAGAAAAAACUAUGUUGUUGAUGGAUGAGCAUGUAAAAGAUUUGAAUUGUCGUAAGAUUUUUGAAAGUUUGAAGGAGUCUCAUUCAACAAUUUCUGAAAAUGAAAAAUAUACAAUUAUAUUUUAUUUAAUGCAUGCUGUAUUUGUUCCCACAUCAAAAAAAGUAACCAGGGACUCAGAUGGAAAAAAGAAUCAAGUGAAGUACUCCAUUAAAGAUUCUCAAAAUAGUUUUAUUGUGUUCAAAAAUACUGUGUCUGAAAUUGAAGAUCAUAUUAAAAUUCUAAAAAAUGAAAAACGUCCAGUCCAACCUUUUAUUUUUAUUAUUGGUACUCUUACGAAACCAAAAGAAAUUUUAGUUUUUUUUGAUUCCAUAAAAUAUAAAUUAUUCUCUAUUAUAUCAGCAAUUGAUAUUUGCUUUAAGAUUUUUCAUCUUUUUAAUCUCGAAUAUCCACCAGAAGCAUAUAUUGUUUGGCUCUUUAUUCAAAAAUAUUUUUAUUCUUUAAACACUAAAUUUGACAAAAGUCAUCAUAUGCUGGGACAAAUUUUAUUAGAUUUAAGUAUUUAA